CACAUCUGGUAAGCGAGCACCGAGCAGCAGGCGGUCUCAACGGUCGACGCGCCAGCUUUCCUUGUCCAUGCAGAUCACUCGUCGUACGUUCCCUAUGCUGGCUCCUCCUCGGCUCCCCCUCGCCGGGGCGCUCCUGCUGCUCCUCGCCGUCGCGCUCGGCGCGGUGCCGUGCGAGAGCGCCGCGCUCCGCCUCCGCGGCUCCGUCGCCUGCCUCGACUGCGCCGAGGGACACGAUCUCUCCGGUGUGGUCGUGGCGGUGAAAUGCGCCGGCGACGGCGACGGCAGCGCGGGCCUCCACGCAGCGCAGACCGACGGGCGCGGCAACUUCGACGUGGCCGUGCCAGCAGAAGCGUCAGCCUCGGGCGCGCCGUGCGCGGCCAGGGUCCUCGGCGCCACGGAGCAGCUCUGCGCGCCGUGGGGACUCACGGUCGCGCGCGUCGUCCCGGCCCGGGGGCCUGGCUCCGCCUCCUACCCCGCCUCCUAUGUUCUGGGCUCCCGCCUCGCCUUCUUCACGAGGUGCGCUGCGGCUAGCGGCGGCUCCGCUGUCGCUGCGACCAUGGCCGACCGUGAACACCAGGGUGGUAACGCCCCGAUGGAGCCAGCGCUAAGGCCGACGCCACCGGCGGCACGGACGCCGGCGUGGACUCCACCGUCCCGUGGAGGCAACAGGCCGCCCUUCAGUUUUGGAGGACUGCCUCCCUUCUUCUUCUUCUUCCCGUUCAUCCCGAUCAUCGGCAUCCCUUGAACCUGAACGCUGCCGUGUCCAAAGCACUACCAGUACUACUUACAUUUGAAUCCCAUGUCCAUGUAUCCAUGACAUAAUGAUAAUGCUAGUGUAUGCACGCCAAAACAGCAUCCAAUAAAUCAAGAGAUUGUGCUUUUCUC